AUGAAACGAUCAGUUCGACCUCUGUUCAGCGCUCUACUCUUCGGCUUCCUCGCCGCAACGCUUAUCUGCAGAGUAGCGAUUCGUCGGAGAAGCUUCUCCUUCAGUUCCGCCAUAGCUGAGCUCGGUACUUCCGGUCUCAUGACUGAAGAAGUGGUUGUAUUCAACGAGACAUUGCUCGAAUUCGCCUCCAUUGAUCCCGGAGAACUCAAAUUCAAGCAAGAGGUCGAUCUGAUUUCCGAUUACGAUAACACUCGGAGAACUCACCGCCGCCAUUUCAGCUCCAUGUCGAGGCCGAUCGAUAGCCGCCAUGGGAACCGAGACAUUCCUUCCAAAUAUGCGGUAACGCUUCGCUCCCCUCAGUUUUAUCGUUACUGGUCAGAAUUCAAGAGGAAUUUACGCUUCUGGGCUCGUAGAAAAGCUUAUGAACCUAACAUCAUGCUAGAUUUGGUUAGAUUGGUUAAGAAUCCGAUUGAUUCUCACAACAACAACAAGAAUGGUGUUGUUUCGAUUUCGAGUGAAAGAUACUCAUCUUGUGCAGUGGUUGGGAAUAGCGGUACAUUGCUGAAUAGCCAAUACGGUGGUUUCAUCGAUAAACACGAGAUUGUGAUUCGAUUGAACAAUGCGAAAACACAGAGGUUUGAGAAGAGAGUCGGAUCGAAAACAAACAUAUCUUUCAUAAACAGUAACAUUCUGCAUCAGUGUGCAAGAAGGGAUAGUUGCCAUUGUCAUCCGUAUGGCGAAACAGUCCCCAUUGUCAUGUACAUUUGCCAACCGAUUCAUGUUUUGGAUUACACGGUUUGCAAGCCCUCUCAUCGAGCUCCUCUGGUUAUCACGGAUCCGAGAUUCGAUGUCCUGUGUGCUAGAAUAGUGAAGUAUUACUCGGUAAAGAGGUUCUUGGAAGAGAAAACAACGGAAGGGUUUCAAGAUUGGAGUAAAGAUCACGAAGGCUCGUUGUUUCACUACUCGUCGGGUAUGCAGGCAGUGAUGUUUGCAGUGGGGAUUUGUGAGAAAGUUAGUGUUUUCGGGUUUGGGAAGUUGAAUUCAACAAAGCACCAUUACCAUACUAAUCAGAAAGCAGAGCUUAAGCUUCAUGACUAUGAAGCGGAAUAUAAACUGUAUCGCGACCUGGAAUACAACCCCAGGGCCAUUCCAUUUUUGCCAAAAGGAUUCAAGUUUCCUUUGGUAAAAGUUUACCAUUGA